UGCUUGCUUUCAUCACUCUUCGUGUGAUGAACGAGUAUUGCGUGCAGUAUAUAUUUAAAUAACCCUACUUGUCUAGUUUCACUAUUUCCAUGCCACAAUGAGGUCGUUGGUGUACUUACUGCUGUUGGUUUGUGGUACCAACUGCUGUUCAAUCAUASCAAAUAUUCCGUAUUACACAAUAACACAACGUACAAUCUUGGCACCAUUAGUGGUCCAUGGCCGUGUACUCAACACAACAGCUACGUAUCAGAACUAUUUUAGAUACAAGGCAUGCAUUCAAGUCCUUGAAGUCAUCAAGGGUGACAAGAACCUUCCAAAGGAAAUUUGUUUUGGCUAUUUCGGUGUAGAAGAGAUGUGCUUAACUCACGUUUCCAGCUUUGUUGACUACAUCUUUUACAUGACCUCAGACAUGAARGCAAAUUACGAAGAUGGCCAGCCUAAAUCUUCCGCACAAGUGGCAAAUAACCACACUCUUGCUAUGGCCAAACGAGGUGUUUGUAAUCCGCUUCUCUCUMAGUCCUCAUCUUGUCGUCGCCCAAUAAUUUCACGUGACCGCAAGAAAUUCAAGUCGAUUGUACGAGUUCAGGAAGAGAAAACAGCUGAAUUGGUGUGUCAUGCCAGUGGCACCUCCCCCCUUGUCGUCAUAUGGAGUAAGCGAGGGGAUAGWGGAUUUCAGCAUACUGUACCACAUUCAUCAAAYACACUACGCCUGAGGCGUGUCAGUAUGAGUGAUAUGGGUGUUUACGAGUGUACAAUAUGGAAUCCUGCAGGAAAAACAACUGCGAUCGUGAGGCUGUUUAUCGAUCCUGUUCCAUGUGGGACCUUUAUGUAUCUUAAACCUGGYGAACAAGAACAAAUCCAAAGUCCACAUUACCCACAAUCCUACAGAAAAGACAAGAUGUGCUCCUGGAGGAUUUGCCCGUCACCAGGGAAACGAGUCAAACUGGAUUUUAAAGAGGUCAAUUUACGUCCUGUUAAUAAUGAUCAUCUACAGAUUUUGCACGAAUGCACGCCUGUGAGAUCCACGCUGAAGUUCUGUGGUUCUUUUAACCCUGGUGUACUUGUUUCCCAGUGUGCCUCGCGCUGCAUUCAAGUUUGGUUUCAAUCGGGWAAUUUCAGRACCAUAGGAUCAUCAAACAAGGAGUUUAGAUUCCAUGCUGUGGCAUCGGCRACAGACGAAGCGACAGACUUGUUUAAUUUUGAAACUUUGUACUGUAGUCAUGAUCUUCUUAUCAAGUUUAUUCCUAAGGAUAUCAACUAUAAAAGGAUGAUAGGUCGAGUUGUACACGGCUUCAAAAAUCCCAGGGGUGGAAAAGACAUCACUAUAAAUUUUGAAGGCUUUCGCAGGAGAGGUUUAUUUGGCUGCCUAAGUAAAAUUCUCCCGAACAAGGAAUAUUACGUUGGUGCAACGAGAUCGUCGAACGGUUUUAUCAUGAAUUUCGCUAUGCCUACAUAUGCACGGAAUUUACCCAAAAAGUUCGAGAACGAGCUUAACAAAGUCAAAGCGACACCACCAAACUGUAGACCACGUGGUUAACCACGCCCAACAAGAAAGGACGGUUAACAAGGAUGCCCGAGUAAGGAAYCGUCCAAUAGAUCUAAUUUAAGCUUGCCAAUAAUAGAAUAAGUYGAGCAUUUGUUAGGUUUGAGUAUUUUAUAUCACAUCAAUAUAAACAUAAAAAUGCAAAAAUAACAAUACAUUGGUUCGACAAUUGACUUUAUUAAAAUGCUUACAAUUUGACAGUCUAUUCUUGGUAUAUGUUAUGGUAUGGUAUGACAUGGCAAUCAUGACAGACAACAGAGUUGUUAAUAAGUAAAACCAUASUUAAACUAAGGUAAAACUGUUUCAAGAUGUGAGAAACCACGGUUUUACUCCAGACUCGUACGCAGCCGUUAGUGGGUUACGAGUCUGGUAUUACUCUAACAAUCGCAAUCGCAAGUCGCAUGGAAAAAAGGAUAAAAAACUUUUUUUUUUGGUAAUGAGAAAUCAAUUUURAUACAUUACCCAUGAGUCACAACGGUCUGUCCUGUUUGCCAACAUCUAAUGCGUUUUGGUGCUAAUAAAUGGUGGAUUACUAU